CAAGUUGCCCAGCUCAGCAUCCCGGCCUGGAAGGCGCCGCCUCUGUCCCUGGCUCCCUUCAUCCUUUGUCUUUGCUGCGGAAGGGCCGCAGGAUGAGCAGCGGCGGCGGCGCAGGCGGCAAAGGCCGGCUGGCGGCUCUCUCCGCCCGGGGCUCCCGCAUCGCCGGCGGCGCCCGGGGCCUGCUGGACGAAGGCUUCGACUUGUACAUCGCGGACCCAUUCGACCGGGAGCGCAACCCGCGGGGCAUUUUGAAUUUGGGAACAAGUGAGAACAAACUUUGCUAUGAUUUAAUACAGGAAAGACUCACAAGACCUGACAUGAACUAUCUGGAACCUCACCUUUUGCAAUAUUCUGAUCCACAAGGCAUUGAAAGCUUCAGAGAAGAAAUUGCCAAAUUUCUCACUGAGUAUGCCAAAGCUCCAAAAGCACUGAAUCCAGAGCAUAUAGUUGUUAUGAAUGGCUGUUGUGCUGUCUUUGCUACCCUUUCAACUGUAUUAUGUGAUCCUGGAGAUGGGUACCUUAUUCCUACUCCAUAUUAUGGUGGAAUAAAUUCAAAAACCUGGCUGUAUGGUGGAAUACAACCUGUCCAUGUGCCCUUGUUUAGUGAGGUGACUGAUGAAGAAAGUCAUCCUUUUCAAUUAACAGUUGAAAAAUUAGAAGCUGCCCUACAGAGAGCUAAAGAACAGGGCAUCCGAGUCAGAGCAUUAAUCCUGAUCAACCCUCACAAUCCAUUAGGGGACAUUUACCCAGCACAGUUACUGAAAGAAUGUCUAGAGUUUGCGCACAGAUAUCAAUUACAUGUAAUAAUAGAUGAAAUAUAUAUGCUAUCUGUGUACGAUGAUACCACCUUCACCAGUGUUCUUAGCUUAGAUUGUUUACCAGAUCCAGAACGGACACAUUUUAUGUGGGGCUUUAGCAAGGAUUUUGGUAUGUGUGGUAUCAGAGUUGGAGUGUUGUACACAAGAAGUCAUGAAAUUCGGAAAGCCGUGAAUCAACUGGCUGUUUUUCAUGGGUGUCCUGGGCCUGUUCAAUAUGUUCUGAGCCAGUUUCUUAGCGAUAGAGAUUGGCUGGAUAAUGUGUAUUUUCCUACCAACAAAAAAAGACUGAGAGAAGCACAAAAUAUUCUUGUGGAUGGUCUCACAGAGAUUGGAAUACCUGUUCUCAAAAGUUCAGGAGGAUUAUACGUAUGGGCAGACUUCAGAAAAUUCCUAAAAUCACAGACAUUUGAAGCUGAAAUGGAGUUAUGGUGGAAGUUCCUCGAUGAAAAACUCCUCAUUAGUCCUGGAAAAGCUUUUUGCUGUUAUGAGCCUGGAUGGUUUAGAAUGGUCUUCUCAGACUCUAUAGAUAAGAUUUACUUGGGUAAGUUAAGUGUUACUUUUAUCAUAAAAUAA